GGAUUACAGGCGUGAGCCACCGCCCCUGGCGUUCUUCUUCAUAUUAAACCAAGUUCUAUACACUGUAAUUUCUACUCAUUGGUCCAAGUUCUCCACGGCAAAUCAGAAAACUUGUUUCUCGCCUGUAAAUGACAUCUCUUCCUCUCUCUCUGAAGACUGUUUCUAACUAAAAAGUGUAGAUGAUUCGCCAUGAAAAUUAUUUUACUGUACAUUGUCACAAAGAUAAGUUCUUCCACCUCACCCCUAAUAUGCCAAAUGUUCAAAUGUAGAUGCUGAAGUCUAAAUAAGCACGCUGCUAUUAAUCUGCAUAGAUCUAGGUUUUGCAAAGAGGAGAACUGCUGUAUAAAAAUAUCUUGAAAGAAAACAGCAUAGUAUUUUGGGGAAAGCACUGCAUUCAGAAUCAGAAGACUUGGAGUAAUACUCGGUCUCAUAUUCCAACUACCUGUGUAUCCUUGGGCACGUCACUUCUCCCAGCCUGGUUCUCUUCUGCAAAAUGCGACAGGAAUGCAGUGAGGAUCAAGUGAAAUAAUGUUUGUAAGCUUCUAGCGCAAGGCUGGGAACGUAGCAAAUUCUCAAUAAAUAAAUGCCAGCUCCCGCGCUCAGCAAGCUCCGAGUUUUAUUCGAUGCGCUCGGCGCUCUUGGUCGAGCGGGAUUCCCCCUCCGGAGCCCGAGUCUGCGCUCUGGGCUCGACUGAGGCUCCCUGGCCGCUCGCGCUUUUCUCUCCUUCUCCAAGAUGGCGGCGAUCGGCGGCGCUGAGGCGGGAUCCGGGCGAGCCGAGUGAAGAUUGUUUUGAUGGUGAUCAUACCUUUGAGGACAUAGGACUUGCAGCUGGCCGAAGCCAACGAGAGAAAAAACGUUCUUACAAAGAUUUUUUAAGGGAAGAGGAAGAAAUUGCUGCUCAGGUCAGGAAUUCUUCCAAGAAGAAGUUGAAGGAUAGCGAACUUUACUUCUUGGGGACGGACACACACAAGAAGAAGAGGAAGCACUCCUCUGAUGAUUACUACUAUGGAGACAUUUCGUCUUUGGAAUCGUCACAGAAGAAAAAGAAAAAGUCCAGCCCACAGUCUACCGAUACAGCUAUGGACCUGUUGAAAGCUAUCACUUCCCCACUGGCAGCAGGCUCCAAGCCCUCCAAAAAGACGGGGGAGAAAUCCUCUGGCUCUUCAAGCCAUUCGGAGAGUAAAAAGGAGCACCACAGGAAGAAAGUCAGUGGAAGCAGUGGGGAACUACCCCUGGAGGAUGGUGCCUCCCACAAAUCCAAAAAAAUGAAACCUCUGUAUGUGAACACAGAAACACUGACCCUUCGGGAGCCUGAUGGUUUGAAAAUGAAACUUAUUCUCUCACCAAAGGAGAAGGGAAGCAGCUCUGUUGAUGAGGAGUCUUUUCAGUAUCCCUCUCAACAAGCAACUGUGAAAAAAUCCUCAAAGAAAUCAGCUCGGGAUGAGCAGGGUGCUUUACUCCUAGGACAUGAGUUACAGAGCUUUCUGAAAACAGCCCGGAAAAAGCACAAGUCAUCCUCAGACCCACAUUCAUCUCCUGGCCCUGAAGGCUGUGGGUCUGAUGCCUCCCAGUUCCCAGAGUCCCACAGUGGUAACCUUGAUCUUUCAGGGCUUGAACCUAUUCUGGUAGAAUCAGACUCAUCCUCUGGUGGGGAACUAGAGGCUGGGGAGUUAGUGAUAGAUGAUUCUUACCGGGAAAUCAAGAAGAAAAAGAAGUCAAAGAAGAGCAAAAAGAAGAAAGACAAGGAGAAGCAUAAAGAGAAGCGACACUCCAAAUCCAAGAGAAGUUCAGGACUUUCUGCUCUGCCAGUGGGAGAGGUCACAGUGACAUCUGGCCCUCCUCCCAGCAUCCCUUACGCUGGAGCAGCAGCACCUCCCCCGCCACUUCCUGGCCUCCACACAGAUGGGCAUAGUGAGAAAAAAAAGAAAAAAGAAGAGAAGGACAGAGAGAGAGAGAGAGGAGAAAAGCCAAAAAAGAAGAACAUGUCGGCCUACCAGGUGUUCUGUAAAGAGUAUCGCGUGACCAUUGUGGCUGACCAUCCAGGUAUAGAUUUUGGGGAACUUAGUAAAAAACUGGCUGAAGUGUGGAAGCAAUUGCCAGAAAAAGACAAACUGAUUUGGAAGCAAAAAGCUCAGUAUCUGCAGCACAAACAGAACAAAGCAGAAGCCACAACUGUGAAAAGGAAAGCAUCCAGCUCAGAAGGUUCCAUGAAAGUCAAAGCCUCUUCUGUAGGAGUACUGUCACCCCAGAAGAAAUCCCCACCCACCACCAUGCUCUUACCAGCCUCACCAGCCAAAGCCCCUGAGACAGAGCCCAUUGAUGUUGCUGCUCAUCUUCAGCUGUUGGGAGAGUCCCUAAGCCUCAUUGGACACCGUCUGCAGGAAACUGAGGGUAUGGUGGCUGUGUCUGGCAGUUUGUCAGUGCUUCUGGAUUCCAUUAUCUGUGCCCUUGGCCCCUUGGCAUGUCUCACCACACAACUACCUGAAUUGAAUGGCUGUCCCAAACAGGUCUUGUCAAACACACUAGACAACAUUGCUUACAUCAUGCCUGGACUGUGACAGCAAAGAAUCCUGGGACAGAAACCUUAUCCUACACCAUUGCUGGUUUGUGUAUAUAUGACUGUUCCAGAUUCCUUCACUGGCCUCUGGGUGUAGGUUUUAAAUUUUUAUAUCUAUACAUACAUAUAUACAUAUAUAUAUAAUGUACAGUAUAUACAUAGGACUGUAACUACUUUGCUUUUAAUAAUUUUAUGAAAUGGCAAAGGUUUAGCCAAGAGGAAAUUUUGGCAUGAAUACAGGCUUGGGAUUCUUUUUUCUCCUGCGGUGGAUAAAUCUGCCUUAAAAAUCAAUGUAACUUGGGGGCUGGGGGCUUGUUCUGGGUGCCAAGCGCAUCUCUUUAUGGACAGCUAAAAUGUGAUUAUUUUCCAAACUCAGUUGGACCUCCAGACCCAUCACUGACCAUUUGCCUUACCUGUCUUAGUCUGAAAUAUGUAAUAGAAAAGAUAACGGGAAGAUGCCAGUUGACUGAAAAUUCAAAGCCUUUCAAUUUGAAGUGACCUAGGUGGGAGGUGAUAAAAUUUGUUCCCAUUAUAGUUAGGAAGGUGGCUUAGGUGAAUUGAGUAGGGGGUUCAUUCCAAUUCCUACUGUAUAGGUGUCCAUGUCUCAAAAUUUAUUGUAAUCAUUGGUACCAUUGGCGGCCUCAACAGAGGCCAAGAAGUUCUGUGAGCCCUGGCAGCAUAAAACACCUUGGAGGGUGAAGCUGUCAGUGCCAUCAGUUGGACCUCCAUACAUUCUGAGCUAACCCAGAAUAUUUAGUCUGCAGAACUAAGAGCUAGUGUCUUUCACUGGUGGCAUGAAGUUAACCACCAAGUCCUCACAAGCCGUGCUGCUUAGUGACUUGGUGGUUAUGGAUAAACUUUGCCCAGCAUGAUUUUUGGAUUCAUCUUAUCGGUUCCCCUGGUGGGCAGAUACACAGUGUUCUGCAUAUUCCACAUGUAAGUGAAUUGCAAAAACAGAACAAAACUCACUCUCUUGUAGGUUUAUUUAUGUGUGUGUGAAUGUGUAUUUUAAUUAUGUGUAUUUAACUCUUUAAAAUCUCUUAGAUUUUAAUUUAUCCUGUAAAUUUCUGUAUAUAUAAUUUAAUAACAAAAGCCUCCACCAGCAACAGCAUGUGGAAGAUACAUAUUUGUCAUUUCUCCUUCCUUCCCUCCCUUCCUUCCUUCUUUCAUUCUUUCUUUCCUUCCUUCCUUCCUUCCCUCUUUCCUUCCUUCCUCCUGAUCUGUUCCAAAAACUCUGAAUCAUCUACAUAUUAAGGUAUUUUACCUCAAAAAUGAAUCAUUGUGUUAGGAUUCUAAUUCUUUACAAAGAACUUCAUGGGCUUCAAUAAUGUCUAGAAAGUAAAAUAAAGAGGAAUGUUACCAUC